UCUCAUUUGCCUACUAUUCUACUACGUUUCUUUCUUUCUUUCUUUAUUAGAUCUAUAAAGAAUAGAGAUCUUCCAAAAAAAAUCAAGAAAUUAAAUAAUUCUUAGUAGAGCUAUGGCAAUGUCACAAAUUAUUAUGAUCCCAGCAGCUUCUUACAUGUCAACAAAUUUAAUUAAACCAUGCAGCAGCAGCAGCAACAGAUCUCUAACUCAGAUCUUCAAUCCUUUAGCCAUUUCUAAAAACAACAAUGGUGGUCGUGUUCUCACAACCACCUCCCACAGAUCUGGUGUUCUACGAAAAACUAACAAAAUUAUCCCAAGGGAUGUAGUUGUCCAUGCAACUGCUGAAACAGGAGAUCUUCUUUCUGGUGUUAUUCCCUUUUUGCCAACAGGUGAAAAUUCUUGGGUUAGCUGGGCUGUGGGAUUAGGUGUAACAGUACCUUUGAUAACAGCAAGAUUAUUAACAGUAACAAAGCAAGUUUCACUUGCGGCGGAGACGGUGGAGAAGGUGGCGGAAGCGGUGGAAAAAGUGGCGGAAGAUGUGGACAAGGCGGCGGAGGAAUUUGCUGCGAAUCUUCCACAAGGAAAACUUAGAGGCAUAGUGGAAUCCAUCGAACAUUUGGCUGAAGAAACUGAAAAAGACGCUCAAUCAGUUCAAGAUCUCAUGGACAAGGUUGAAGAAGUGGAUGAAAAGUUGGAGGCAUUUAUCAGUAAUCAAUUGACUGUGAAGGUACCAAAUUCAUCAAAUGAUGGAAAAAAGAAACAAUAGAUUUGUCAUUUCCUCAAAAUUAAUGGGGGUUAUUGAUGUUCUUCCACUUAUGAUAUACUAUGUAUUAUUUGUGUUUUCUUUUCCUUUAGAUAAGUUUGUAAAAUAUUGUAAUUCAAAAAAUAUUCUCUCUUUUUUACUAUAUUACUUUAUGGAAUCCACAUGGUCCUGCAGAUGCUUUUCAGAA